AUGCGUUUGCGUUGGAUGAUUUUCACUUCAUUUUCCGCUCCACUUCCACUUCCACUUCGAUUCCGAUUUCGGUUUCAACCCUUUCAAACCCAAUUUUAUUAUUCCCAUUCUUAUUCCACAAAAUCAACUCUUGUUUCAGAUGAUUCCACCCACAUUGAUGACGCAACCGUUCGCGAAACGCUUGUCUCUUACAACAAUGACUGGAAGCGCGCGCUCGAGUUCUUCAAUUGGGUUGAGACCCAACACCACUUCCAUCACUCCACCGACACCUUCAAUCACAUGCUCGACAUUCUCGGUAAGUUCUUCGAGUUCCACUUAUGUUGGGAUUUGAUUCAUCGAAUGCACAAGAAAAACCCUUCUUCUUUCCCCAAUCACACCACCUUCCGCGUCAUGUUCAAGCGUUAUGUAUCCGCUCACUCCGUCAAUGAAGCUAUUGACACUUUCCAACGACUUGGUGAGUUUAAUUUGAAAGAUCACACCUCCUUUUCUAACCUCAUCGACGCACUCUGCGAGUACAAACACGUGCACGAAGCUCAAGAUUUGAUCUUUGGCAAGAACAUGAGUGUCAGUGUUGAUGGGGUUUUUGAUGGGAUUGGGGAUACUAAGAUCUACAACAUGGUUCUUCGUGGGUGGUAUAAAUUGGGAUGGUGGAGCAAGUGUUGGGAGUUUUGGGAGGAGAUGGAUAGAAAAGGGGUUCGUAAGGAUCUACACUCUUAUUCAAUAUAUAUGGAUAUCUUAUGUAAAGGUGGCAAGCCUUGGAAGGCUGUGAAAAUGUUUAAGGAGAUGAAGAGCAAAGGUAUCAAAUUGGAUGUGGUUGUCUAUAACAUUGUCAUUCGAGCUAUUGGUCUCUCACAAGGGGUUGAUUUUUCGAUUAGGGUCUUCCGUGAAAUGAAGGAGUUGGGGCUCAACCCCACUGUUGUUACUUACAACACUAUUAUAAGGCUUUUGUGUGACAACCACAGACAUAAGGAGGCACUUGCAUUGCUUCGUAGCAUGCCUGAAAAUGGUUGCAUCCCUAACACCAUUUCCUAUCAUUGUUUUUUUGCUUCCCUGGAGAAGCCUAGAGAGAUAAUUGCCUUGUUUGAUAGCAUGAUCGAAAGUGGAAUUCGUCCCUGUAUGGACACCUAUGUUAUGCUCAUGAAGAAGUUUGGGAGAUGGGGAUUCCUUCGACUGGUUUUUUUAGUGUGGAGUAAAAUGAAUCAACUUGGUUGUAGUCCAGAUGCUUCUGCUUACAAUGCUUUGAUAGAUGCUCUUGUGGAAAAGGGGUUGAUAGAUAUGGCUAGGAAGUACGAUGAAGAGAUGUUAGCGAAAGGACUUUCGCCUAAGCCGAGGAAAGAGUUGGGGACAAAGCUGGUGGAAGAAGAAUCUGCUGAUGAAUUGUUCUUAUGCAAGCAUACAGACACACAAGUGUAAGCCAUUCAAAAGAUAUUGAAAUUCAAUGGUUUAUAGUCUUAUUGUAGAGCAUGUGAGCAGUGUGUAAGAAAUCUUUACAUGUAUGUAACAUUACUCAUCAAUAUCAACCAAUUUUGAAGUAAUCACUUUUAAAAUCCUAACACUCCAUUUUUCUUCUUCCCUCCUCAUUUUUAACUGCUCUGAUCUGAAAACGGUCUCUCCCCCACUUGCUGUCCAGUUUGGAAGUAUAUUCAAUUCCAUGAGCUAACUCACAUAAAGUAUUGUCAUAAAAUCAUCACACUAACAAUAAUUAUAUGACCAUCCAAAGUAUUGCUAUUGGGAAGCUACCUUCACGUAACAGACAUUUAUCACUAGGCCAAAAGCUGUGAUUGUUGUUAAGAAGACAAUUUUAUUUCCAUAUUGUGGCAACUGGCAACGCAUGGCCCCAUGUCAUAUUGUGCUACUGUGGGUCUUGAGGUGCUUUGCAGUGCAAACUUGGCACAUCAGUAGGCUCGGCUGUCAAGCACCUUUGGUGUGCACCCAUACACACAUGGAGUCCAGGGAUGAUUGCUGGCGUCCAACAAAACCAACAGUUAGCAACUCACAAGUCAUGAUCUUAUGGCAGUUGGUUUUCUGAUGCUUAUAUUGGCAGUUGUUGGCAUCAUGAUCGGAAUUUUUGCUGGAAAUUGACUGUCUAUAUUGGGAGUGGCAGAUACGUGCAUUGCAAUGGAAGAUUAGCUUAAUCAGCCACAAAAUCAUAUGACUCUUAGCAAACUUCCUCCUUGUAUGGAUGAGGCCUUUGGACACAACCAGAAACAUCUCCUUCCAAAUAAUCAAAUUGAUUAAUGCAUUUGUGGUUAAUGUGGCCAAUGCUGAUGUGCGUUCUUUUGUGCAAGAUAUCUACUACAAUCAAUCUGGUUUUCUGGUUCUUCUGCCCCUCCUGUGCAAUCCAAUUUUCUCUAACAUAACUGAACAGACAUGUGACCUCCUUGAAGUGGACUUAAAAGAGUGCACCUACAAUCUUCUUUUGGGGUGGGUUCAUUUUUCAGCCUUUUGGAGAAAGAGUCAUUUCCCCGAUUUGCAUUGGAUUUUCUGCUCCCUUGGUGUGUAAGACAUUGUUGGUACCUCAGUUGGAGACAUCAUGGAUACAAGUGAUUGGAUAGAUCAACUGCAGUCUGAAACCCGCCAACUCAUUUUCUAUAUAUUGGCGGCUACCUUAAAGAAACAUCAAUUAUUAGUAGAUGAAGGGGGAUUGAUUGAACUUCAAAAAAUUGCUCGAACUAUUGAGGAAAAAACUUACGCUGGUGCU